GGGUGUAGUCAAUGUCAUGCCAUUUCUAUUAAUUAUUGGAAAACAAACACAAACAAACCCACAUUUAUUUCUCUCUGGCACCUUUCCUAUUCCUCAAUCCUCACUCCCAUUCACAUUCUUCACCCCACAAAACUCCUCACAAAAAAAAUCACAGCUUUUUCCUCCAACAAUUCCCACAAACAUUUUCAUUUUCCUCAAGGCUUAUCAGUUAUCUCAUUUCUGUGGCAUUAUGAAUCUGUUGUUCUAGUUCAAAUAUAUGCAGGGUUUCUGGGAGAAAACAGAAGGGAAGGGUGAGUAGUUGAGCUGAUAGUGCAUUAGCCAUGGAGAAGAGAUUGCAGAAAGAUAAUAUGCAGCUGAGAUGUAUGUGGGGUUUCCACCAUUUUCACAGGAGCAGAAGAAGCCAGAAGGUGCUGUCUAAUGGAAGAACUCUGCAUAAGAAUGGGAAACUGCAACCAACAGAGCCCAGUAUGCUUGCUAAACGCGAUGAUGAGUUUUACAAGACAAAUGAUAGAGCUGACAGUAAAGCCCUCACAGCUUUCGCGGGUGACAACAAGGUAAAGAAUCUCGUCCAAAAAGAGAAGCCGAACGAGAAGAAAAAGAAGAAUCAUGCCAUAGCUAGCACCGAGAAACAUUCAAAGGAAGAUAUCGGGUUGUUUGAUCAUCUGAUAGAGAAGUCCAAGGCAGAAAGGAAUGCCUCACUGAACCAUUCGUCGCCUGUUUGUUGUUCUCCGAAUGUGGCAGAAAAACCGGGCUUUCAACAGGGCUCGAGUUCAGUGGAAGUGCAUAACAAGAACAAGAUAAACGUAGCAGCAAUCUUGGAAGAUAUCUGCAGCCAAAUUCAUCUGGAAAACAAAGAUGCAGUGAGAAAUGUUACAAGUGCAGAUUAUGAACUGGUUCAGAUGAGUGCCAAGGCAUUUAUUGAUCAACUGUUUAUAGACAGAAAGUACAUCAAGAGAAGCCAGGCGAGCUGCGAUUUUACAGACUUCUCUGAUGGGUUCGAGAUGUUGAAUUCGAACAAGGAUCUGUUCCUGAAGUUCCUACGAGACCCGAAUUCAUUGUUGGCCAAGCAGAUUCAGAGUUUGCAGCGCAAGGAAAUGGAGAAGGAGACAAUCAAGUCAUUCCCGAACCGAAAAUUCCCUGAUCAUCACAGCAACGAGACAAGCAAGACCAAAAAGAACAAAAUUCAAUCUGAACAGCAGUUAGAAGGAAGAUUUACUGAUCCCCAGCCUUCAAACAAAAUUGUUGUUUUGAAGCCGAUGCCUAGAAGGGUUCAUUAUACUGAAAACGUUGCCUGCAAUUGCUCGUAUUCAGUGUCUCCUCAAAGCUCGAGUAGUAAAAGAAACAAUGGCAAGCACAAAAGUUUCUCUCUUGCAGAUAUUAAGAGAAAACUGAAAUCUGCAAUGGGAGAAAAGUUGGAGCAGCUGCCUAGUACUUCACAUAAACUUGAUUACAAAGAAAAUAUUAAGGUUGUCAAAACCCGAGGGCCAGUCACCUCUACCACCAAUCCCGGGUUGAAAAUUAAGGCAGACAAGGUACAAGACUCGGGCAAUGGACCUGAAAUGAGCUGCAUGACUGAAACUGUGCGCAAAAAAUUGGACUUGUCCAGGCAACAAGAAUUCGAUGUCUUUCUGGAGGCAAAAAGGCACCUCUCACGGAGGUUUAUAAAUAUGAAUGAAGAUGAACCUCUAGAAAGUAGCCAAACGAAAACACUUGCUAGGAUUCUCGACUCACCUGAACGAGACUUUUGGGCAGCUCAAUGCCCCAAAGGGUAUGGUCACACAGGGAUGAGAUUUUCCCCCCUCAACUGCCAUCAAAUCUGGGAAGGAAAGGAAAAAGUUUUCUUCGGUUCACAAGCAGAGAAUGAGAAGGUUUCAUCGUGUUCUGGCUUUGGAAGACUUGACCGUGAGCAUGAAGCAUUUCCCUCGAGUUCAGGUAUAAGUUCAGAUGACACUGCUUUUACCAAGACAUAUCUGAGGUCUAAUGGUCAUAAACAUGUAGCCAAAACAAAUGAGGAUUCACCUUCUAAAAGUCCAGACCGAGGAUCUUCAUUAGAUGUUUCUUCAUCAAGUCCAAUAAGCAUUAGCAAACCGGGUGUUUCAGAGGACGUCAAAGACAAGAAAGAGCAUCCUAGUCCAGUUUCUGUCCUCGACCUGUCAUUCAUGGAAGAUGUAGAUAGCCCAACAAGCUUGCCCGAAAAACCAACUGCAGGUGAAAUGCUUUUGCAACCACGACGAAUCAACUUUGAGGAGUACUCACAAGAGGAUUCACCUUCACCCCUCAAUCCCGAGAUAAAAGACUUAUACAUGGACAACAAGGAUACAAUAUCUUCUUACAUCGAGUCAGCUUUGCAAGCAUUUUAUUCGAAUUGGGAAGAGCUCUGGUUAAACAGCCCCUCGCCAGAACAGCUUCUUCUUCAACCAUCCUUGUUUGAUGAACUGGAGUUAUCAUCUCUCGAUAUGCAUUGCAAUCCCGAUCUCCUACUAGACUACAUUAACGAAGUGUUACUGGAGACAUAUCAGUGCUACUUCGGAUGCUAUCCAUGGCUAUCGUUUCAGCCCGAAAAGGACUUGCUACUGGAUAAGGUAAUGAAAGAAGUGAAGCACAGGCUUUGUCCAUUAACAGAACAGCCUACAUUGGACUGGCUAGUUUACGAGGACUUAGCCAAACCUGGAUUGUGGCUUGAUUUAAGGACCAAUUCUGCAGCUAUUGUGAGCCAAAUUGAAGAAGAAAUUUUGGAAGAAUCAAUCUUGGAAUUACUACUUUGAAUGAACACAGUGGAUAGAGUGUAGUCAUGUAGAGCAUUGGACUUAACCUUCAUACAAACUUAGUUGCAUCAUAGAGAGGUUUUUACUUUAUAGUUAUAUUUUCUUAUCAGCUUUUGCUGGUGGUGUAUAUUUUGUGCCUGCAGUAAAACUGGAUCUGAGCAAUAUAGAUUACACUUUUUGUUUUU